UGGCUGCGAUACCGAGAAAGUCGCCCGGCCGGGGUCCGGACCUGGGCGGGGGCGGCCGCUUUGUCCCUCUGCUGGGCGGCGGGGGCUGGCGGCACGGGGGCACCCAGCACAAAGGCCUGGUGCGAGAGCGGGGUUGCCCACGUGGGCUGGUCCUGGCCGCGGGUGGACCCUCCCCACGCGGGCGGGCUCGGAGCUUCCUGCCGUGCGGUGUGUGUGUGUGUGCGCGCGCGCGCGCGCGUGUGCAGGUCCCCGCACUCUGGCCCCUGUUCUGGGCCGAGCGCCCUGCAGAGCUGGCGAGUUUCCGGGGUCAGAAACGGGCUAACGCAACUGGGGCUUCGGGGUGCACAAGGCCCGGCUUGGCGCCCAAAAUCAGAGAAAGAAAGUGUCCAGUGGGACAGAUGUGCGUUCUCUGACGCCCACCCCGAGUCCGAAACCUGGCAGGAGGGGCUGUCGCGCUGGUGGUGGUCCCGGGCGCGCAGGGUAUGGGGCUGGGAGAGGGGCCGCGAUGAGACGGGAUAGCCGCCUGCAGAUCCGGUUCCCCGCUGCCCGCCCGCACCCCCUGACCUGGACGCGCGCACCGGGCACACGCUCGUAAACACACCCGGGGGCGGACCCCCGCCGCUGCAGCGCCUUUCUGUCUUCCGGCGGCCCCCACCCCCGACUGCAGAAAGAUAAGCUUCAAGUUUUCGCUCCGUAUCUCAAAUGUACAUGAAGGAAUUUAACUGCACAAGUGAAUAACAGCAUUAGUUUCAAUUAAUUUUUUUAAAUCCCGGCAACAAUAAACUUUGAGAACAAAAGCGCUUUUACGUCUUUAAUUAGGCGAGCUUCCCAUCUGUGGUCUCCAAGUGUCUGCCUCUUGAUUUAACUUUGUCCCCGCCCCGCCUCCGCGACAACCUCUCCCAGCCCAGCCCGGCGCUUCGGGUGCCGCGGCCACCCUGCCCCGCGGCGCCUCCAGCCUUGGCCCAGCCGUCUCCCGUCGCCCCUAAGUUUACACCGGCCGGCUGGCUCCGCGGCGGAGGCGGAGCGGGGGUGUGGGGAGGCUGGCUCGCACCAGGUGGCCCGCCUGCCUCUCCGGGGCCACCCCUGGGACAAUUGUGCAGGCCCCCAGGACUUUCGCCCCAGGCCAGCGCCCUGAGUGCGGAGCCGAAGGGAGCUCGAGAGGCGCCUUCUGUUUACCUUUUAUGGUUAAAAUAACAGCUUAGCAAAGAAGCGACUUCACGAAGAAGCGAUUUAGUGAAAUCGUCUCAAGCUGCCGCCGCUCAGCCAGUUUAAUCACCCCCAGAGAGCCGAACAACUGCGAGCGCAAUGGGACACAAAAUCAUUUUUGGUCUCGGAAAGAGGGUCGUGGUCCCGCACGGAUGCGCUUGUUGGGGGAAACCUUGGAGAUUCACGGCAAGGCGUAAAGCCUGGGGCUUCCAGCGAUACUCUGGGCAGGGAUGGAAGCCUAGAUGCCUCACCGCAAGGAGCGGCCGAGUGGGUCCUCGCUUCACACACACGGCAGCACCGGCACCGCGGAGGGAGGAAACAUGUCCAGGCUGUCUCUCACCCGGUCGCCUGUGUCUCCCCUGGCUGCCCAGGGCAUCCCCCUGCCAGCCCAGCUCACCAAGUCCAAUGCACCUGUGCACAUCGAUGUGGGUGGCCACAUGUACACCAGCAGCCUGGCCACGCUCACCAAGUACCCUGACUCCAGGAUAAGCCGCCUCUUCAAUGGCACUGAACCCAUCGUCCUGGACAGUUUGAAGCAACAUUAUUUCAUUGACCGGGAUGGGGAGAUUUUCCGCUACGUCCUGAGCUUCCUGCGGACGUCCAAGCUGCUGCUUCCGGAUGACUUUAAGGACUUCAGCCUGCUGUACGAGGAGGCACGCUACUAUCAGCUCCAGCCCAUGGUGCGUGAGCUGGAGCGCUGGCAGCAGGAGCAGGAGCAGCGGCGCCGCAGCCGGGCCUGUGACUGCCUGGUGGUACGCGUCACGCCCGACUUGGGCGAGCGGAUCGCACUCAGCGGCGAGAAGGCCCUCAUCGAGGAGGUCUUCCCCGAGACCGGAGACGUCAUGUGCAACUCCGUCAACGCCGGCUGGAACCAGGACCCCACGCACGUCAUCCGCUUCCCGCUCAACGGCUACUGCCGGCUCAACUCGGUACAGGUCCUGGAGCGGCUGUUCCAGAGGGGUUUCAGUGUGGCUGCGUCCUGUGGGGGCGGCGUGGACUCCUCCCAGUUCAGCGAGUAUGUGCUUUGCCGGGAGGAGCGGCGGCCGCAGCCCACCCCCACUGCUGUUCGAAUCAAGCAGGAACCCCUGGACUAGGCCCUGCUUCAGUGCCCACCUGGGACCCCCCAGGGACCUGGAAACAGUGCUGGGGAGUUCUGCCUGUGUAUACUUGGCCGUGGGCAUGAGACCGAGGGUGAGGCUGGAGGGUCCAAAGCUGGCCCAGCGAGUGCCAGGGCCCCAGGUGUCAUGGCAACAGAACGUAGGAUGCUGGAGGCAUGCCUGCAGAAGGACUGUUGAUGUGACCCAAAGAUGCAGCGGUGGGAACUCGGCUGCCAGCUCUCCCAGCCCCUCAGCUUCCCAGCCUGGCGCAGCAGCCUCUGAGGCCCCGGGGCCUGUUGGGGCGGGGUCGGAAGAGCCGUCUGCAGCUACUUCAGAGGAGCUGUUUAUCCCUCUCCACGCGGGGCAGACUCUGGCGGGUCUCCUAGCGUCUGAGAUGGCUUAUUUUUCUACAGUAUUUAAAAUGGAUGCAACCCUAACUGCAAAAGUCAGAGAGGCCGACAAGGACCAACGCUUCUUUAUCUGGUGCUCAGUUCUCAGUCGGACGUGCAGCAUGGCUGCAGGGUGGACCAGCUGCCUGGCAUUCAGGCCCAGAUGCCUGCAGGGCUGGGGCUCUCGGGACAGAUGCAGGGAUGUGUGCUGCAGGGCUGCUGGGAGGAGAGUGGUGGGGGCCUGAGGGCUGAGUGACUCUGUAACCACCUGAGACCUUCACCUUUGCUGCCGUUGGGGGCUCAGGCUGCACUCCCCAGGUCACCUGAGCUCCUGCUGCCCUGGGGCUUCCGGUCCUGUCUGUGGACUGGCACCUGGGCUACUGGAGAAUUCUCCUCCCGUUCGGACCAGCCUCAGGGCUGCACCUUACCUCAGGAAUGGGCCCCACCAUGAAGGGGCCCAUCUGUCAGCAGCGUCUUCUAGGUCCCCAGCUCAGGGAGCCAUCCCCAGCUCCAGUUUUCUCAUGUGAAUAUGCACAGUUUUAAUUAACGUUGUUACGCUAGCCUGCCGAUGAGACCCAGACACAGGCAGACCUGGCGCUCUUGACCCCGAUUCCAGUGAGGACUGGCCCUGAGGAGUCCUUGCAGACCUGCUGCCUCCCCCAGGACAGGCCCAAAGAUGGACCCUCCCCCCCGGCCUUGUGACAGCUCCCCAAGUGUUCUCCAGUGGAGAAACUGCAGAGGACUGGUGGGCGGGGCUCCCCAGCCAUCACCAUCCUGUGUACAAUGGCUGUAGACUUGUAUAUGGCUCCUUUAAUACUGUAAAGAUGCUGAUGUACAAUUGUCGUGCGUUUGUGUGAACACAUUGCAUUCCCAGUCCAUGCCAUAAAUGAUGCUCUCAAGCAAAAGACUGGAGGCUCUGUCCUGUGCAGAAGCAGCAGCCGGACUCCCGCAUUCGAUGUUGUGCAGGGAGGUUUGGGGGUGGAACGGAUUCCUCCCUUGGAUCCUUCAGUUCACAUCGAGGAAUAACCCGCAGCGGUGGUGGGGGAAGGUCAGUGGCUGGGUCCUGAGCUUGGUGUUAUUAAUUGCAUUUGGGUGCCUGUCCCCUCAGGGCAGCACAGAUUCUGAAUUCUGAUUCACAGCCCCUAGCCAGAUGGGAACUUGGAAAGAGACAGAAGGCGUCUGGGUGCUUUUGAACCCUGUCUCAAAUGUUUGGGAUUUUCUGUCUCACUGUUCUUUGGUUGGGGAUGAUGUCCUCUUUAGACCCCCACGUAAUGGUAUGAGAAGGUGGCAGGCGGUGGCUCAGCCAGCCAGGGGGGACUGAGUCAUGCAGCCAGCGUGAGACCUGCAGUUCACCUAAGCACAGAAUGAGAUCUCAGUAUGCCUCUGUGUAAACAGAUUCACAUAGGCCUCCAAUUUCAAUGAGACCUUUUGCAUUUUUUCUCAAAGCCCUUAUGUUCUAACCCAUGAGAACCAUUUUACCUGCCCCCUAAGGGCCACCAGCUUCGACCUGCCUCAGGGGAUGGCAGCACAGACCAGCCGCUCCCUGUCCAAGGCCGCAGAGCAGACGCCAUCCCACUGUACAAUCGAAUUUGCUGGACAAACUUGGUAGGUUUCUCUGCUUAGCAACGAGCCUAUAGUUGGCACAUCUGCGUUUUGGCAUCUGAGGCUCCCAUCUGAGUGGAGGAGAAAGUGUUGUGUUUAUUAGCAAGGAAGUCUUGUGAAAACAGCUCGCUGCUGUGUGUGUUUAUGGAUCUUUCUGAUAUAACAGCCAGCAUGGUUACCGAGUGGUAGAGAUUCUCGAACAUUCUCAAACUCUCUUUUUGGGUAAAUCAUUGUGCUAAAAAUAAAAUUUAUUAAUAAAGAAGGGGAAAAAGGAGUAACUCUACUUGACUAAAUGUUACUCUAAUUUAUUUAUUUCUUUACUAAUUAAGUAAAACCAGGAAGUACGAUUUUACAUCAACCAGAGAAUUUCUGAAUUUAUAGGGAAACACUAUGUUCCCAUAAUGAUGCUAUAAUUCUAAUAUAUCUAGUCCCCAUAAACAGUAAGUACAAAUUAUCAUUCCUUUAAAGCAUUUUUACACUUCCUGGAAUGAGUAUAUUAUAAGCAAUCUUUUGUCAAAUGCCAGCAGUAUAAAUGUUACUUCUGCUCUUUGUAAACCUCAAAACUCAUUAUUCUUGAUUAUAAGCAACUGGACAGAACCAUGCCAAAGCUUCCCAGUUUCCCGCCAAACCCCUGCCAGUGAGUGCAGAGAACUCGCAAAGCCACAGCAGGCGGCCUCAGCCACCGUCCCGCUCACAGGGGGCCCAAUGCCAGGUCACAACACUAAGAAUAUCUUUCAAAAAAUGUGUCUUUUUUUUUUUUUUUUUUUAAAGCUACUGCUUGACUGUUCCUUAGAAUAAAUAAAGGAUAUUUUAUAAAUUA